ACUAAUUAAAACAUUAGUGUAUUGUUACUUCCAAACAAGGAAUUCCUCUGAAAAGGACACUUUUUGAUGUCCGCAAGGUGUCUUUAGUACCAGGUGGCAGUUGUUAGGGCCAUUGUUGUGUAUCCAGGACGACGGAGGUGAGCAACACGUUCUUCUGUCUCCAGAAGAGGAGGGGACAUGGGGAGCACAAAGGAGGGAUCACCGGACUCUUCAUUAGUACUCUGGACCACAUGAGAGAUGCAAAGCCUCCGUCCUACAGGAUCCUACUCCAGACCCCAGUGUCUGACUUUAGCUACGUGGUAUCAGUGGCGGGCAAUCACCAGGAGAUCACCAGUGACUGGCUCUGGCUACAGGAGAACCUUCUAGAGACUCUCGGUUCAUUUGAAGAGGCAGAGCAAGCAAUGGAGUUUGCACAGGCCAAGAUACACAGUCUAGCCACUUUUGCUAGAGAGGUGGGGGGGAUACCAGAGGACAUGGAGCAGCUGAAGUUCAAGGAGGUGGAGAAGAGAUUUCUGAAGCAGUUCAACAUGCCUCCUGAUGAGAAA